UUGAAAACCAACAAAGAAGAAAAUCACUUCCGUGUUCGCCGUGGCCAACUGCUUUAAACACUUUUUAAAAAGGUGAAUGUAUUUUUUUAUGUUUUAAAAAUGGAUAAAGUGAAGGACAGACGACGGGAGAACACAAGUGUGGCUACUGAGAUCGAUCGCUUGGAGGAGCGACGGGCUCGUUGCCAAGACAACCUGGAGAAGGCGGAGUUUCGAAGCAGGAAGAAGUUGUCAGAGGAGGAGAGGCAAGAAGUGGAAAAAGACAUGGCGUUAAUAACUGAAAGUGUGAAAAAAUUGGACAAGGAGUUACAGAUGUUACGCGGUGAAAACAGGAAGAACACGAUGCUGUCGGUGGCCUUGCUGGCGGCUUGCGCUCUCUUCUACUACAUCUUCAUCUACGACGACGACGCCCCAUGACACCAAAAGCGGGUUAAGUCCCGCUUGUUAAGUGUGAAUGGCCUGUAGUGUACAGGACUGACAACUCUUAAAUGAGACCAAACUGAGUGCUAACGAGGGUUGGUUGGUGCCUACUUUCUGCCUCUAGAUGGCAUUAUUGUCACUUGUGUGACCUUUUGAACAUGUGGCUUUUUUUUUUUAACAAAAGGUAAUUUUGUAACAGAAAUAUCACCAAAUGAGCUUAGCAUGAAGUAAAUGCAUUUACUACCGUGCAUUGUUUUAUUAAAAUUAUACUGACAUUAAAUGAAGUUCGAGAGAGAGAAAGAGAGAGAGAGCGCUAAAUUAUGAUCAGAAAAAUAUUAUUGUUAAUUAGGUUUUUUUCUAGUUGAGAUUGUAUUAUGUUAGUCAUCUGCAGUGCAUUACUUGGAGGAAAAAAGAACAGCAUUUAUUUUCCCAUCAAAGCCAUUUGCAGCAGUAAGCAAGCACGGCUCAUUAAAUGAGUCACUGCUUCAAGAGAAGCCUAAAAUGGUCAACAUUUAAUUGGUUAUCUUCAAAAAUGGACGUAAACAGGAAAUACUAUGAUAGAGCUAUGUUUGUUUUGUUUUUCAAAAUCAGAAAUAAAGCAUCAGCCUCCACGAAAACAAGAUAUUUUUAGUCUUUCUCCGACGAUAAUGCAGGAUAUCAGCAUCUGGCCUAAUGUCAUUCUUAACUAGUAAUUACACGCUUAACAGAUUUUAAGGGUGGAGUUUCUGAAAAUGCUGCAGGAAAUUGCACAAAAAGUUAAGCACCUUCCUUGCUUGGACUAUUCAUCUAUCCAUUUUCUACUGCUUGUCCCUCUGGGUUGCAGGGGGUGCUGGAGCCUAUCCCAGCUGCACUCAAUGAUGUUCUAAUAGAUUGACCCACUGAAUGCUAAAUAAAAAUAUUUCAAUUUAUUUGAAAUAAAAUAAGUAAUGAUGUGUUUUUUUAAAAAUAAAUGCAUUAGUUUUAUUUAAAAUAUUCAUCCAUCCACCUUCUUCCGCUUAUCCGAGGUCAAGUCGCGAGGGCAAUAGCUUAAGCAGAGAAUCCCAGACUUCACUCCCCCCAGCCACUUAGUCUAGUUCAACCCGGGGGAUUCGAGGCGUUCCUCUAACGUGUCCUGGGUCUUCCUCGUGGCCUCCUACCGGUCAGACAGGCCCCAAACAUCUCCCCAGUGAGGCAUUUGCUGGCUUUUCUCGAUGUGGACGAGCAGCGGCUUUAUUGUGAGCUCUUCUCAAAUGACAGAACUUCUCACCCUAUCUCUAAGGGAGGAUAUUAAUGUAGAUCGACCAAUAAAUUGAGAGCUUUGCCUUCCGGCUCAGCUCUUUCUUCAACACGGCAGAUCGAUACAGAGUCCACAUUACUGUAGACGCCACACUGAUCCUCUUGUUGAUUUCACGAUCCACUCUUCCUUCACUCAUGAACAAGACUCCGAUGUACUUAAACUCCUCCACUUGGGGCAAGAUCUUCCCAACCCGGAGAUGGCACUCCACACUUUUCCGGGCGAGAACCAUCGCUUCGGACUUGGAAGGGCUGAUUUUAUCCCUGUCACUUCACACUGGACUGCGAACCGAUCCAGUGAGAGCCGAAGAUCCUGGCCAGAUGAAACCAGCAGGACCAUAGGCGCUGAUCCCAUGGGUGCUUCGAGGCCCGAGCACCCACGGACAAAGCCAAGCACCCACGUGGGAUUAAUGGCAACUUUCAAUCUUUAAAAUAAUUUUUGAAAAAUCAAUCUUGUUGUAGUUAAUUUUGUGGCGAGUUUGGUCUGUUUUCCAAAAUAAUAAAGCCACAAAUCAU